UUUAGCCCUACGAAGGCAUGAUGCACGCUCUGCUUCCAAGGUCCUCGCCAUGGCAACGCAGCUCAUCAUCGUUGAGAUUGGAAGCGGCGAUUUUCCCUGACUCUUUGCGGGAGUCUUGCGAGAAGUUCUGAAAAGUCGUUCCUUCCUCCCUUGCUCUUUCCUCCAUCUCGAUUGUUUGCAGCGUUCAGCCAGCCCAACCACCGCCAGCACCUCCCCCACCACCGCUCCACGCCAGCCAUCGCAUCCACAUACCCUUCUAGGUCUCUGACGUCCAACCACAUUACGUCAAAGAACGCCAUCCCCCACCACUCUCACUCGAGGGACCGAAAACGAUUGCAACUGCAGCUCCCCUACCGCCCUCCAACCUUCGCCAUGGUUACCCUGCGCGCACCCUCCAGCCUACCUACGACCGAAGAGUCGCCCUCAAUCCCGCCUCCCACGUUGCAAUGGCUGUAUGGCACAUGGAGUGUUACCCAUUCCACGCUUCCCAUGUGGAAAAAAAACCGCAAUGUGCGCAUCACAUACACACCCAUCCCUAAUACUUCUCCGCAACAAAUCGACGACCUAGUCAGCUACCAGCCGCUCAAGUCAACCUCUCUCAAGAAGGUCCACGGCGUCGAUAAGCCCUUCGCGGUCCCGAAUACAAAGCCUGUGGAAGGCGGUGCCGACGGCGAGCUUGCAAGCCUGGCAUACCAAUGGCGGGGCAAGGGCUGGCUGGUGAUCGCGUCCUCGAAAUGGGAGAUACUUGGGUAUGGCGAGGAAGAAGACACGGGCAAAGCGUGGGUCGUCACGUAUUUCGCCAAGACGCUGUUCACGCCGGCAGGAGUAGACAUCUACUGCAGGAAGGGCAAGCUGAAGCCGGAGACGGUGGAGAGCAUCAAGGCGGCGUUGGCAGGCUUAGGCGGCGAGGUUGCGAAGCUGGCGUCGGAGGUGUUCGGGAUUACUAUGGAUGAGGACAGGACGGAUUAAUGGCUUCGAAAGGUGAACAUGGACGGUGGAGAGGGUCCUACUGAUCGUAUACUCGGAUGAUACCCCUAGGCGCGCACAUUCAUAGCCUUCUCAAAACACUCAGUACUACAAUGAAAUACAAUACAUGGUAC